AUGGCGGGCGUGGCUACCGCAUUCUCAACAGAUGCGUUGACAUCUGGAGCCCCGGAUAGUUCUUCGCAGUGGGACUUUUCCGUGCCGAUCGGCAGUGAUGGCACCCAACAUUCCGCACGACCACGUAACUCCCACGAUUCGAGCUCCAUCCACGCCAAAUCUAAUCGAAAGCGCAACUCGAACGGCUCCCGAAGCUCUUCUGUUUCCCGAACCGUUCACGCCCACGAUGCGUCCUACAUGGCCGGUCGAGGUCGACGAGAACAAAGCCAGAAUCGAUUCGCAGGAGAAAUCGCCAGCCCGCGUGAGGGCCCAGCGCCCGAAGCAGCUGUUCGAGCCCAGGUAGACGGUCAGGAGGGAUCUGGUCCGUUCGAGUUCAAUAGCGAGAGUUGGAUCCAUCGUGAUAAGCUGGCAAAAAUCGAGAGCGAGGAGCUACACCAGGCGGCCAUAAUAUUCCAACGGCGGAUCAGAGCUGAGAGCAAGUCAAGUGCGGGGCGGGAAAGGAGUCAUGAUUCUCACCAGAGCGGUUCAGCUUCGGUGUCCUCUCCGAAUGCGGAGUACCCUGAACCAUGGCCACAAAUGCAUGAGUCCUCGCUGAAUGGUCCGGGCAAUGGCGAAAACAAUGAAAGGCAACACUGGGAUCUCCGCCGACCAGAAGAGAUCGCUGCCGAUGAAGCAGCCGCUGGGUUUUAUAACCACCCGGGCCUUCGCAAGAGCUCUUCUCGAAUUCCCAUUGCCGCAUCGAGCCCCGUACCUCUUGUGCCAGGCCGUGAUUCUCGCGGACCUCGCAGCCGUGCAGCAACGGACGAGGAUGACGACGGUCGUGGACGCAGAGCCAGUGAACCAUUAGCCCUCGACCUGGAACCAUCGACUCCCUCUACAGGAAGUCGACCGGGCAGCCGUGGUUUCAAUGGCUUCAAUACCACCCAGAAUACUCCAGCUAAAAAGACUCCAGGCAAGGUGACUGGAUCUGGCAACCGGAAAACAUCUGCGCCGCCGCCCAACAAUCGGAAAACUUCGUCCACGGCAAGAUCACGGGCAGUGUCAGGCAAUACCACGCAACGACCCACCACUCGAUCUGGUGAAAUUCGACCUACCACCGCUGCCAACCGACCGGAGGGUGAUCCCCCGUGGUUGGCAACUAUGUACAAGCCGGAUCCUCGUCUCCCACCUGACCAGCAGAUGCUCCCUACCCUUGCAAGAAAGAUGCAGCAGGAACAGUGGGAGAAGGAAGGAAGAACCCCGAACACAUACGACCGUGACUUUGCGCCCCUGGCUGUUUAUCCUAAUGAUUUGCCUCGCGUGCCACCAAAGGUCGAGGAUGAGAACGAGGAGCCGGUGGAAGAUUCACAGCAGACGCAUAGGCAAAUGCAGAUGGAAAUUGAAGAGCCUCCCAAGGCCAGAACUCCUGAGCCACCGCGGCCCAACACAAGCACUGGGUACAGUACGAUGCCCAAGGUGCAGGAUACGCCCCCAAUGGGCUUGACACCCAACCCCAACUGGCAACCGCCGGUGGUUACUGCCCAAGAGAAGCCGAAGAAGGAAAAGAGUUGCGGAUGUUGCGUCGUGAUGUGA